AUGCUGUUUGAUAUUAAGAAAAAUUAUUUAUCAACGAAAACGUUGUGCAUGACGGGAGUGCAGGCGGAUGGUAAGCAGAGAUUCUACAACGUAAAAAAUCUCUAUGGCUGGAGUGAAGCAAAAGCAACUCAGCAAGCUGUACACACUGCCAUGGGGAAAAGAGGAAUUGUAAUUUCACGGUCAACCUUCCCGUCAGCUGGACGCUUUGCAGGACACUGGUUAGGAGACAACUCAGCGGGGUGGGAAGACCUUCGCACCUCCAUCAUUG